CCUUCCUGGGCGGGGCUUGCGGUGGCGCCAGCCAAUGGGGUGGCGGCGUUAGCACGGCGAGCGCGUUGCCACGGCAACGCGCACCGGAAGUGCGUGUGCGCAGAGGCAGGUCGUGGUCCGCAGCGCCGGGCACUGGAGCCCCCCCAUGGCGGAGCUGCACCUCCUGGGGCAGAUUGUGGGGGGCAGCGGCUUCCCCCAGCGCCGCCUCUUCUGCAAGUGGGGGCUGCAGGCGGGCGCCGCCUGGCGGCCGCUCUCGGGACUGACGUCAGGCCGGACGCACGUCGAUGACCCGCAGGCCGGUGACGUCACUUACUGGAGCCACCCCAUCGACGUGCACUACGCCACCAAAGGCCUGCAGGGGUGGCCGCGGCUCCACGUGGAGGUGUGGCAGCAGGACGGCCUAGGCCGCUGCGACGUGAUUGGCUACGGCUCGUGUCACGUGCCCUCGGCGCCGGGCCUGCACUCGGUGCGCUGCGUCACGUGGCGCCCCCUAGCGGGCUGGCGGGAGCGCGCGCGGCGGCGCUGGGUCGGGGGCGGGGCCAGGCUCGCGCAGGCGCAGGAGGGGGCGGUGGGGGGAGCGGGGGCGGGGGAGCGCUUCCGGUUGAGGAGCGAGGCGGGCGGAAGCGUCCAUUUGGAGCUGGGGGUGGUGCUGAGGCACUUCCGGCGCUUCGGGGUGCAGUGCGCAUGAGCAGAA